CAGGUCUGUUUAUUGAUCCUUGCAUAUAAUAUAUUGAUCCUUGUAAUAUAAUAUAUUGGAAUUCAACAAUGUUUCUUGUAAUAUAAUAUAUUGAUGCUUGCAUUGUUUUCAGCAAAAAACCGGUCACUAAAGAUGCUAUCCCUGCACAUCUGUAAACAUUGGAAUACUAAGGCAGCAACAAAGUAUAGGAAUUUCAUUAGCAAAAGUAAACAAAAAAGGAUUAAGCCAGAUUAUGUUUCUGAUAAUGUAUGGGAACAUUGGUUGCAACUUUGGGUGGAUCCUAAGUGUGUUGAAAAAUCAGAAAUAAAUGGAAAGAAUCGUUGUGGAGGGAAAGAAGUUGCUGCUGGGACUCACACAGGUGGCUCUAUCUGCAUUGGGGAGCAUCGCAAGAGACUUGUUGUUGAAAAGGAUCGAGAUCCAACACCAGGUGAGGUACAUUUGCACGUCCAUAUGAUGGAGAAUCUUUUGUUGAUGAGCGUGCCCGAGCUGUCCAUGAAAGAUAUCAAGAAAUAUUACGGGAAAAAUCACAGUCUCAGACUGAUAUUGAUCAAUGUGAAGCAUAUUACGAAGCUGCUGGGGGAACAAGGAAGAGAAGAAUAUAUGGUCUUGGAUCUCAAGCACAAAGUUAUUAUGGGCCGAAUCUUAGCGUCAAUUCUGGAUUUAAUGCUUCAGCAUCAGCACCACCUUCAACGUCUAAAUCAGCACCGACAGAAAAUAUGGAGGAGUUAGUGAUGCGAUUGAUUCCUACACUGACUGAACGCUUGCUUCCUUUAUUUAUUGAGAAGGCACGCGGAGUGAUUUCUUCACCAUCACAUCAUCCAAAUAUUCCUAUUGAAAAUCCAUCAAUUGUGACACCCAUAGUGCCUCCUACUACUGCUAACGUUGACGAUGUUGAUCCUUUAGUUUCUGAUGAUGAUCGUAGUCCUUCACCCAUGCAUUUGUUUUUUAUGUUAUCUAUUUUUUUGUUGGAAAUAACAAAAUUAUGCACUAACAAUACUUGACGGAUAUGGGUUCUUUUGGUAGUUGAUAGCUUGGCCUUGUCGGUGUUUUGGACUUAACGAUGAGGAUUUCGAUAUCUAUUUUGAAUCUUUUUUGUAAAUUUUAUUUUAUGUGAAUGUCAGUUAUUUUUAAGGGUAUUUGUUAAUUUAUAUUUGGUAUGUUUCAACAGGUGUAUUUAAAAUAAAUAAAU